GAACGGGUCUGGCUGGGACGUGGAGUCGCCGCCGCCUCACACCGGAGGGACCGCCCGCCCGCCCGCCUCCGCGGCUCCUUUCCCGCGCGCUUCACGUCCACCCGCCCGCCUCUCCGAGCCACUAACUCGAGGUUCAGCCGCUGAGCGAGUCGGACGCACCCUCGGAGAGCCGCCGCCACCGCCGGCCAUGGACAGCUCCGCCGCGCCAGAGAACCGCACCGCCGCUUGGCACCUCUUGCCUCUCCCCGAGGGGCGCGGGAACGCGACUGCCGCCCCCCGCCCCGCCGCCGUCCCCGGCCUGGCUUCCUCGGGGGCGCUGGGCUUGGCCCCCACGGAAGGCGGCGGCGGCGGGGCGCCCUUCUGGGACGGGGCGCUGAACCACGGGCUGAGCGUCUUCGUGGGGCUGGCGCUGUGCGUGACCAUGCUGGGCCUGGGCUGCACCGUGGAGCUGAGCCAGCUGGGCGCGCAGCUGCGGCGGCCCCUGGGCUUGCUCCUGGCGCUGCUCUGCCAGUUCGGGCUCAUGCCCCUGCUGGCCUUCCUGCUGGCCCUCCUCUUCGCCCUCGACGAGGUGGCCGCCGUGGCCGUCCUGCUCUGCGGCUGCUGCCCCGGCGGUAACCUCUCCAACCUCAUGUCCCUCCUGGUCGACGGAGACAUGAACCUCAGUAUCAUCAUGACUACAUCCUCCACCUUGCUCGCUUUGGUCCUGAUGCCUCUUUGUCUGUGGAUCUAUAGCCGAGCUUGGAUCAACACCCCACUGGUGCGCCUGUUGCCUCUGGGGGCUGUCACCCUGACCUUGUGCAGCACUCUGCUCCCCAUCGGCCUUGGGGUUUUCAUCCGCUACAGAUGCACAAGACUGGCAGACGUUCUUCUGAAGGUCUCCUUGUGGUCUCUCCUGGUGACUUUGGUCAUCCUUUUCAUUCUCACUGGUACCAUGCUGGGUCCUGAACUUCUGGCUACUAUCCCUGCCACUGUCUAUGCAGUAGCUGUGCUGAUGCCCUUGGUAGGUUACGGCUGUGGCUAUGGGAUAGCAACCCUAUUUCGCUUGCCCCCACACUGCAAGCGGACAGUAUCCUUGGAAACUGGCUGCCAGAACGUGCAACUCUGUACUGCUAUACUCAAGCUGACUUUCCCCCCACAGUUCAUUGGGAGCAUGUAUAUGUUUCCUUUGCUCUACGCUCUCUUCCAAGCUGCUGAAGCAGGUCUGUUUGUAUUGGCUUACAAGAUAUAUGGAAAGGAUUUCUACAAGCAAGAACCUCAAGGAGGAGACGAAGAGGAUACGGACAUUUCUUACAAAAAACUCAAGGAAGAGGAAGUGCCAGAUAUUUCCUAUGGCACAGUAAUUGCUGAGGAUCAUGGGCCUGUGGUCAUUGAACCUACACAGACUGUCCUCUAGAUGAAGAGAUCUUAAAAGGACAUCCCGAGUUGAAAUAAACUGGUCAGCUGAGUAGGAAACAAAAACAGGGACCCAAAGCAUUUGUUGUAAUGUUGAUUUUCUCAUCAUACAUGGAAGUAAUUGUUUUCACAAACUGCACAUCGGCUGUGUAAGUCUCUUCAACCUGUUCUCGAAGACAACGCCAUCAACACAUCAGCACACCACAAAAGACAAAGGAACAGAAUCGCAUGCAGGAUGUUCAAAAGUAGUUUUGAAAAAAUGAUGUGGAGCAGGGGAGGGGGAGAGAAGAAAAAAAUUGGUAAAAGGAGACUGUAUUUGACAAGGGUAACUCUACUGCACCAGGUACUCUUGCUGUUUAAAAAAACCAAGUUGUGUAUCUUGUAUAUUAUUCAGCUUCUAUGUACAUGGAAAUAUUGAACUAGAAUUGUGUGUACUUACGAUUAAAUUACUUGCAAAUA